AUGAGCUUACGGUUCCCGCUGAUGUGGGAGGUUUUCAACUUGGUCCUGAUCAUCGUCAAGGGGUUCACCUUUUUGCACGACGGGGCUCCGUUCCAGGACGCGUGGCUCCUCCUGGGGUUGUGUGCGGCAUCCGUUGCGCUUGAGCUGGUCUGCGUGGCUCACUUGUACAGCUCUGCGGGGACCCUUCCCCGCCAGCACGUCUUCCUCCACUCGGCGGUGGGCGCGAUGGCGACGAUGAACCUCGCCAAGAAACGGUCUUGGGCGUCCAUCCCGACAACGACGAACACGAUGCUCGAGCAGCGACGCCUGUCGGAAGGCUACGUCCUUGCAUCCGGUGAUGGUGGUAGUAAACACGGCGACGGCGGGGGCUUUCUCCUGGACGACGGGGACAGCGGCGAGGACAUCGCGCACGGCCGGCAGAAUAGCUUCGAGGAACGGAGACGGUUCCUUUCCGACUGGAACACCAAGGUCGACAAGCUACGCGCUACCUGGAAGACCAAAGUGGACGAGUUGGCAGAAAAGCUGGCUGCAGCCCGGCGGAACAGAAACAGACGCUGGGGUGGAGCCGAAGGAAGUCGGGGCGGGGCGGGGGGCGGGGGCGGCGGCGGGGGGGGUUGGGUAGGAGACGCGGAGGGUGCCCCCUUGCUGCUGCUGGCGCGCAUGUUCGCGCAGGAGCAGGCGGCGAUCGAAGAGCUGGGGGACAUGUGGGUCCGCGACCCGAAGUGGACAGGAUUUUUCUUGCCCCAGUACACCCUGUUCCUCCUGUACGCGUCCUUCGCGCACAGCUCUCGCCUGCAAGACCUGCUGCUCGACCGGUGCGGUUCGAGCGUCCAGACCGCCCACGCCCUCUACUGGUUCCUCAGGGCGUUUUGCCUGCAAGGGGCGCGGGUGACUCCCGUAGGGGUGGCGGCCAUCGAGCAGAUGCUGCAAGAGGUGGUCUCUAGAGGGGAACAGCCCGCGCGGGACUUUUGCGAGCUACGGUGGAGGGACGACGGCGAUGCGGGCAGGUACUCGGAGCUCUUCGACGCGCCGGACGAAGGGGCCGGGGGAAACCGGUCUCUUAGCGGGCGUUUCGGGGAGACUGUGGAGUUUGUCGACGAGCUAGUUAAGAUUUCGACGGAGCUUGCGGGAAUGGGGAAAGAGAGGAGGACAGAGGAGCUCAAGAGCCGAUUACGAGAAGUGCAGGCCCGGUUCUUGCCUUCCCGAGCCAUCUACAUUCCCCUCAACCGCAGGCGUCAUCGCGUAUACCGAAUCGCGGUGGAGCGGCGAGGAGCGGGCGCCAGCGGAAGCUCGGAUGGCGCCUCUGGUCGCACCAAGGGUCGCGGCGAAGGAGAAGAAGGGGGAGGGGCAGUGAAGGUUGGCCUGAUCAGGAUGCUGACCCCGAAGGGCUUGGGGCAGUCGCUGCGGGAGAUGGCCGACAACACGCUAACGUCGCUCAAGCUGGGGGGUUCCACGAAGGACGGGCGCGGCGGGGGGGUCGCUAGCGGCAGUAGCACUGGUGGGGAUGAUGUGGAGAGCCAGCCUCCCAUGGUCGUGCCUCCGCCGAGCGGCGGCGGCGACUUCCUCUCGAAAGGGCCGAUGGCAGCGCCGGAGCCGGCAGAUAAAGAAGGAGGUGGGGCCGUGGAUGGGAGUGGUGAUGACGCGCUCACGGUCGCCGCCACCCUCUCGAAGAGCAGCGGCUCCGCGGCGGCGAUGCCGACCGUUUCGGAUGCCGCCGUGCACACCUUCGCCGGCACCGCCGCCGCCGCCGCCUCCACGGGCAGCAGCAACAGCAGCACCCCUUCCCCGGCCGCCUGGUCGGUGUUCCCUCGUCCUUAUAGUUCCGAGACGGCUGCGGCGAUGUUGUCCCGAGACGAUUCCGCCGCAGAAGAAGCGGGAACGGAGGCAGCGUACUCUCAUCGACCUGAUCAGGUUGGGGUGGUCGCGGUGUCCGAAGGAGAAGGACGGCGAAAAUACGACGGCGGUAAGGUGCCGGUGUCGGGAGGCGAGAGAGACGAGGGUAUGGAUCGAGGCGAGAGGGGCGGGGCGUCUAACGGCAUCGGCUUUGGAGGUGGUGUUGAAGAAGGUGGCAGCGUUGGGGGCAUCGCUGCUGGGAACGGCGUUUCGACCGGGGGGGAGGAGGGGGACGGCGAGGAGGGGGAGGGGGAGGAGGAGAUCGUGCAGCGGCUCGUACCGCCGUCGUUUUCCAGCACCAACUUGAUGGGCAUGUGGAGCAGGCCUAGCAAGCGAAUGGCGGAUCUAGGCCAGGUUCCGUUCUCUUCCCCGACCAGCCCAAACCCGUUUUUCAGCAACUCGCCCGCUGUCAGCAUCAACGACAUCGCAGCUACGACCUCCGCCGCCGCUACCUCCGUCGAGAACGCGAGUUCCGCCGCCGGGCCUGACGGCAGUGGGCCGGCCGGAGCGGGCAGCGGCGGCGGCGAUGGGUCUUUGAGGAGAGGGGAAGGCCGUCGCCUCAGAGGCGGGGAGGAGGAGUUUGUCGACGGACCCUCGUCUCUUGUGGGAACCGUCAUGCCUGCGCCCCCCCCGUGGGUUUCCAGUGAGACGGUGGCGGUGGCGGGGGAGGGGACGCCUGCAGCUGCUCCUUCUCCGGGGAUUGUCUCCCUGGCUAGCGCCGCGGGCGACGGGGUGGAAGCACUUCUGCUGUCGCACGAAAAGGGUACUCCUGGAUCGGCGGGUCGGGGAGGGUACGGGGCAACAUUGGCGACUGCCGGGGCGGGAGCAACGCAGGUGAUCUUCAAGGAACGGUGGCACCAGAAGGAGGCCCGGCUAAGAAGGGCGUCAAAGCUGGGCCAAGCGAGAGAGUGGAGGCUGAUGCCAGUCAUCGUCAAGGCCGGGGAUGAUCUACGGCAGGAGCAGCUGGCCUCGCAGUUCUUCGCUCUGGCUCACCGAAUCCUCAAGCAGAGCCCCCUCCGUGCAAGAGCUGGACUCAGACCGUACGAUAUCGUGGCGACGUCGCACGAUGCCGGGAUCAUCGAAGCUAUCCCUGACACCGUCUCGAUCGACGCUCUCAAGAAGAACGACCCGCUCUACACGACCCUGCUGGACUUCUUCCACCGUCACUUCGGACCCCCCGAGUCGGAAGGUUUCCAGCGCGCGCGGCGUUUCUUCGUGGAGUCCCUGGCCGCCAAUUGCAUCGUAACAUACCUGCUGCAGGUGAAAGACCGCCACAACGGCAACAUUCUGCUGGAUGCUCGUGGCCGCGUCAUCCACAUCGACUUCGGCUUUAUGCUGGCGAACAGCCCGGGCGGAAACUUCAACUUCGAGUCCGCUCCGUUCAAGCUUACGGCCGAGUUCGUCGACCUCAUGGGGGGGCCAUCUUCUACCUGCUUCAAGGGCUUCCGCGAGCUGCCUUAG